UUGAAACACCCAAUGAAAUUGAGACUCCUUGCUGCUCUUGCUACAGUUGAUGAUUAACAAGCACAGGAUAACUGGACUGAUAAGCUGCAGUCUCUGUGAUUGGUGAAGAGGUGGAGAUGAUGGGGUGCUGAACGGGUUUAAAAGUCUGAUGCGUUUCAGGCAUCCGCUCUAAACCAGACACUGAAGACCUGAUCACCAUGGUGAAGACUAUUUUCCUGCUUCUCUCACUUUUGGCAGUAGGUGUAACAUCCUCAGAAAUUGAGAAGCGGUUGGUGUCUGCACAUUCGUGUGUCGAAACAGAGAGACUCCACCACGUGCAGGUGCUGUACGAACCUAUCAGCGGUGAUCCCCCCAUAAACUGCGGUGGCACACUCAUACAUAAGCAAUGGGUGAUCACUGCAUCACACUGCUAUGGCGGUUUAGACGGCACAUUGAAAGUGGAGCUUGGUGGCCACCCAAAGAUAUCCGCAAGUAAAAAACAACAAAUGACCAUUGACAACGCCAAUAUCCGCCAUCCAUUAUAUGAGCCCAUCAUAUUACUGAAGCUUCCAAAAUCCACUAACAUUAAGGCGGCUAUGCUGCCCUCAACAUGUGUGACCCCCAGUGCUGGACAGAAAUUACAGCUUUCUGGAAAAGGAGCCACUUCUGAAGAAGGUCCAGCUGCAGGAGAUUUGAUGUGCAUGGAAGUUAAUGCCCUCAUCAAGACUGAGUGUCCAGAAGCUUCUGAAACUGGCCCAAACUACAAGCAUAUCUACUGUGGAAAACCUGACAAGGAGGAAAUGAAAGUUUGCAAGGGGGACUCUGGAUCUGGUGUUCUGAAAAAAGAGCAAGUGAAAGGAAUGUUUAAUAAGAAGAAGAUAGUGGACAUUCUGUAUGGAGUUCUUAUCUCUGGACAUGGAGAAUGCGAGGACAAAUUUGUUUUUGCUGAUAUCUGUUCUAAUUCAUUAAAGAAGUGGGUAGACACUGUUUUGAAAUCCUAAAGACAGUUCACAAAAUUCUAAAUGCUUGUUUUCCUUCUUUGUCUUUUACAAGGUAGACUCAGUAAGUUAUUUAACACGUAUUAUUGUGUUUUUCCAAUAUAGUUGCUGUUGCAUAAUAAAUAUCAGUUCCUUAAAGAGUAACUAAACCCCCUGAUUCUUGCUGACUCAGCUCAAAUUUGAAGAGUAGUUUGGGAGGUACAAUGGGUGAUGUAUGGGUUUAGUGACAUGGCAGAAGGGAAAGCAGUUUGGGCUGAUAGUGGUGAGAUGCAGAUGGUUUUAUGUCACCAGGGAGCCUUAUUAUUGAUUGACUGGUUUGCAUAUUGUGAGUAUACAGACAUCUUAUACUGGGGAGGGUGCCAGCAGAGGGGGAAAUUACCACAAUAAAUCAUUUUUUAAAGGUUAGGAAAUUGUUUGGUAUGUAUGUAUAUGGUUUAGGAUUUAGUACCUCAGCAGCUUCACAUGUAUGUAAUGGAAGUUAAUGCAAAAAGUAAUUUUGGAGCAUUUGUAUUAGUCUAUUCAUCAAUAAUUUCAAUUAAAAACAUUGAACAUGUAAAAAAGUGUGUGACA